GAAGUGUGAGUGUGUAGGGACGGUGGUGUGCCUGCGAGUGUGUGUGUGUGCGUGUGAUUGUGUGUGUGUGUGCGUGUCUGUGUGUACGUGUGUGCGCGUGUGCGUGCGUGUGUGCGCACCUCGAGCACUCUGCGUUGUCUGGGUCACUGUGCUAGCCUCUCUCUGCUCCUGCUUUCUCUCACGGCCACAGGGGCUGAAGCAGAGGACCAGGCUUCAGUGCCGAGAGGUCAGGGACGGAGUCUGAGGGAAGCUUUCCCUGAGGUCCAGACUUGAGCUCGGGGCGAGCAUUUGAGGCCGGAAGCGCCCCCGAGGGUCGCCUAGGAGGGCAGCUGCUCGUUGAGUCCAGAACUUUCUGGGAGCUCUAGCCAUCGUGGGUGUUGUGGGAAGUGAAGGAGAGUGCUCACUCGGAUGCACAGCCUGGGAUCUCCUGCUUGCUCGGGCUCCCGAGUCUGCCGCUAUUCAAACGAGGGCCUGGAGAAGAGUGCGAACACUAUUGCUACACAUCUAAGAUUCGAGAAUUUGGAGUCAUGUUAUAAUGCUGAAAAUAUAUCUCCAGAAAAUCAUACUUAUGAUAUAAAUUUACCCACACAGAGCAUAAAGCAAUUAAGUAAAAAUUUUGACCUCCAGGGCUCCAGUUUUAGUAAUGGCCCCAAGUACAGUACAUUCAAGAGAUUACAGGGAUAUCAAGAUGGAGAUGCUGAUCAAAAGAUUAAUAACAAGGAAAAACUGCCUACUUACACCUGCCGGACUCUUACUCACAAUAUAGAAAAAGCAUAUGAAUGUAAUGAGUGUGGGAAAUACUUUGGUUGUCGUUCAAAUCUUAUUCAGCAUGUAAGUAUUCAUACUGGAGAGAAACCCUAUCAAUGUAAGGAAUGUGGGAAGGCCUUCAGACUCCACCAACAACUUACAAGACAUCAGAAAUCUCACAGUGAUGAGAGACCUUUUGAAUGUGAUGAAUGUGGAAAGGCCUUUCAUCUUCCCACCCUGCUUAAGUACCAUAAAACCAUUCAUACAGGUACAAAACCAUUUGAAUGUGAGGAAUGUGGAAAGUCCUUCAAUCGUGUCUCGACUCUUUUUCAACAUAGGAUUAUUCAUGCUGGUGUGAAACCAUAUAAAUGUAACGUGUGUGGGAAAGCCUUUAAUCGUCGCUCAAACCUCAUGCAACAUCAGAAAAUUCAUUCUGGUGAGAGACCCUUUCAGUGUAAGGAAUGUGGAAAGGCCUUCACUGUUCUGGCACAGCUCACUCGGCACCAGAACAUUCAUACUGGAGAGAAAUCAUUUGAAUGUCAGCAGUGUGGCAAGAUAUUCAGUAGUGGCUCAUACCUUGCAAGACACCAGAGUAUUCAUACUAGUGAGAAGCCCUUUGAAUGUAAUGUAUGUGGGAAGGCUUUUAGGCUUCACCUAUAUCUUUCUGAGCAUAAGAAAACUCACACUGAUGAGAAACCUUUCAAGUGCAAGCUGUGUGGGUCAGCCUUCAGACGAAAGUACCAACUUAGUGAACAUCAGAGAAUCCAUACUGAUGUGAAACCCUAUCAGUGCAAUGAAUGUGGGAAAUUCUUUCGUCGGCGUUCGAAUUUUACUGAGCAUCAGAGUAUUCACACUGGAAAGAAACCGUUUGAAUGUAAGGAAUGUGGGAAAGUCUUUAGACUUAAUAUACAUCUCAUUCGACAUCAGAGAUUUCAUAGUGGUGAGAGACCUUUUGAAUGUAAAGAAUGUGGAAAGGCUUUUCAUUUUUCCAGCCAACUUAAUUACCAUAAAACCAUUCAUACAGGUCAAACACCUUUUGAAUGUGAGGAAUGUGGGAAGUCCUUCAAGCGUGUCUCUAGCCUUGUUGAACAUAGGAUUAUUCAUGCUGGUGUGAAACCAUAUGAAUGUAAUGAUUGUGGGAAAGCCUUUAAUCGUCGUUCAAACCUUAUGCAACAUCAGAAAAUUCAUUCUGGUGAGAGACCCUUUCAGUGCAAGGAAUGUGGAAAGGCCUUCACUGUUCUGGCACAGCUCACUCGGCACCAGAGCAUUCAUACUGGAGAGAAAUCAUUUGAAUGUGAGCAGUGUGGGUCAGCUUUCAGACUUCAGUACCAACUUACUCAACAUCAGAGAAUUCAUACUGAUGUGAAACCUUUUCAGUGCAAGGAAUGUGGAAAGGGCUUUAUUCGUGGUACAGGCCUUAGAAUUCAUGAGAGAAUCCAUACUGGUGAGAAGCCCUUUCAAUGUAAGGAAUGUGGUGAAGCCUUUCAAUAUCAUUACCAAUUUCUUGGACAUUUUAGAAUUCAUACUGGCAAGAAUCCUUAUGAAUGUAAAGAAUGUGGGAAGUACUUUGCUCGUGGUGGAGAUCUUAAAGUACAUCAAAGAAUUCACACUGGUGAGAAACUUUACCAAUGUUAAGAAUGUGUGAAGUCCAUUAGUUGAAAAUCAGACUUGGUUUCACAUGCUAAUAUUCAUAUUAAUAAGCCUUCUGAUGUAAGGAAUUUGAAAAGGCCUUCAGUAAUUCUAAGCUAGUUAUGUAUUAGAGAAUUCAUAAUGGUAAGCAACCCUAUGAAUGUAAGAAAUGUGGGAAAAUGUUUAGAUUUAGUUCAGCCUUUACUGCACAGUGAUGAAUUUAUACUGGUAUGAAACUCUUAUCAGUGUAAAGAAUGUGAAAAAACAUUCAGUUUGAGCUCAGGCCUUCUUCAACUUAAAGGAAUCCAUGCUGGUGUGAAACACUAUAAAUGCAAGGAAUGUGGGAACAUUUAUAGAAUUAGCUCAGCUCUUAAAACUCAACAGAGAGUCCUUAUAGGUCUGAAACCCUGUGAAUAUGAGGAAUGUGGGAAAACCUUUAUUGUAAAUGGUGAGCCUACACAACAUCAGAAAAUCCAUCAUCAUCAGGAGUCCUAUGCAUGUAAGUCCUAUGCAUUGGCAAGACUGUGACUGAAAAGAAUAUGGGAAGAACUUUAGUCUGCCCUCAGAUUUGGUCAACAUCAGAGUAUUCAUACUCUUUUUUGGUUUUUUUUUCAUUUUUCUUUAUUAAGAAAUUUUCUACUCACUCUACAUACCACCCACAGAUCCCACCUCCGCCCUCCUCCCACCUCCCAGGAGUAUUCAUACUCUUGAUGCCAAGAAACCCUUAGAGAAUCAGAGUGUGGGGAGUCUGGUUGUCCAGAGAUGAUACUCUAUUGAGAAUGUCAGACAAUGUUGGCCAUUAUGUUUUUGAUUACUCUCAUCUUGUUAAUUCUAUAAACUUAAUUUGUCAAACACUAUUCACCCAGGACAGUCAGCUUAGGGAGAGUAGUUAUUGGAACUAGGUUUAUCUGAGGCACCUUCCUUGUCACCAUUAAUAUCCCAUGGCUCCUGUGAUAUUAGGCACAAUGUUUACUUUCUGCCUAAUUUGUUAAUGGCAAGCACAGUACCAGACAAAAUUUUUGGGAACAGUACAAUAGAUAUAAAAUCCUUGAAGAGUAUUUGGUUCAUGCCCAUAUUCUGUAAAAUGACUUUUAGAGUGUUCUUGCUUUUAUUGCCUGGAAUGUAACUGAUAUGAAAGACAAAUUUUAUUGCAGAUAGUUUAGAAAAGCCUCAUACAUUCCUUCACUAUUCAAUUUAAAUAACUUCAUUCUGGAUAAAAUCUGAUGCCUGAAAAUGUAUGUGAAAGUAUUUUUGUUGAGAAUCCAUUCCUUAAGUAUUUGUGUGAAGAAGUUAAAAACACAGCUGUUGAUAAAUAAGUACUUUUUAAAGGGGUUCAAUACAUAAAAAUUUAAAAAGGUUUUCCCUGUAAUUUAUGCUCUUGGUUCAUCAUUAAGAUAAACUAUACAUUAGUGACAGGGCACAAUAGUACAGAAUCUCCUCCUUGCAUAGUCUUGCUGAAUCCAUUUUAGGGGUGGAUAGAAUUUGACUUCUGAUGGAGAAUCUCAUGGAAAACUACUGAACUGUAUUCUCGGAACUAGAGGUUGUGAUUCCCCAGCUUAUUUAUCCUGUCUUCUGUUCAACUGCUUGCAUGUCCCCCUGCAGCUAACUACUUAUUUUGGCUUCUGUUAACCUGCCUGCUUGGGCAAAACCUCCCCCUGCAUCUGCUGAGCAAUAUAACAGGAUGUGGUUUUUGCUUUUAAUAGCUUCUUGCUUGCUCUAUAUGCUUGGGGCUACACUUGGGUCUCCACUACCAGAGUGUAGUCCAAGCUGGCUGGAAUAAAGAAUUUCAGUUGGCUAUAAACUCUGAGUGGUCUUCUUUGGUGACCUCCCCAUAAAACAUUAACAAAAAUAACCAAAAUUUGCUGGAAGGUGGUAGUGUAAGUUAUUCCUAGGAUUUAAACCCAGCCUGGUCUCUACUGUAGUUGAUUUUUUUUUUCACUCUUUGAUCUUUGGAUGGCCCGCCAUGCAGCUCGCAAAUAAACACAUGCAGGGUUAGUCUUACUUAUAGAUGCCCGGUCUUAGCUUGACUUAUUUCUUGCCAGCUUUUCCUAACUUAAAUUAUCCCAAUCUACCUUUUGCGUCUGGGCUUUUAUCUUUCUUUGUUUCUGUAUAUCUUUCCUUCUUAUUCUACGGCUUGCUGUGUAGAUGGGUGGCUGGCCCCUGAUGUCCUCCUCUCCUCCUGUUUUUGUUCCUUGAUCUUCUCUUCCUAGAUUUCUCCUAUUUAUUCUCUUUGCCUGCCAGCCCUGCCUAUCCUUUCUCCUUCCUAACUAUUGGGCAUUCAGCUCUUUAUUAGAACAAUCAGGUGUUUUAGACAGGCAAAGUAACAGCUUCACAGGAUUAAACAAAUGCAACAUAAAAGAAUGCAACAUAUCUUUGUAUCAUUAAACAAAUAUUCCACAACAUAGAUGAAUGUAAUACAUUUUAAAAUAAUAUUCCACAACAGUCUACAAAGUGAGUUUCAGGACAGGCAGGGCUGUUUUACAGAGAAACCCUGUCUUGAGAAACCAAAAAGAAAAAAAAAAAAAAGCGUCUUCCUACCUCAAAGAUCUGGACUAGAAGUGGAUUCACCCACUUCAAGCAGAAAAUGUCUCACAGGUGUGUGUUCCAUUGUAGUUCAUUCCAGAUAUAGUCAAGUUGACAACCAAGAAUAGCCAUCACACCACCAAAAUAAAUAAAUUGGAGGAAAGAUA